ACAGCUGCUUCCUGGUUCUCCACGUGCUGCCAGCAGCGCUGGAGCUGCCCGAGCCGGAGCGGAGCCGCUGUUCUCAGCUGCAGCCAGGAUCUGCCCCCGGCCCCGCUGGGAUCCAGACAGGCUGCAGAAUGUUUUGCUCCAGCUCAUCCCAGCCUGGCGUGGGACAGGGAAGAGAAAUGGCUGCAGUGGAGUCAGUCCAGGGGCUGGUGACCUUCAAGGAGAUGGCUAUGUAUUUCACCAGGGAAGAGUGGGCUCUGCUGGACCCCACUCAGAGAGCCCUCUACUGGGAUGUCAUGCAGGAGAACUAUGAGACUGUGACCUCGCUGGGCCAGAGAAUAACAUCCAUGUUUCGCUGCAGAUCAUCUCGUCCUCCCAGGGGCAAGGAAAUGGCUGCAAUGGAGCUGGCUCAGGGGCCGGUGACCUUCGAGGAGGUGGCUGUGUAUUUCUCCAGGGAAGAGGGGACUCUGCUGGACCCCACUCAGAGAGCCCUCUACAGAGAUGUCAUGCAGGGGAACUAUGAGACGAUGGUCUUGCUGGGUAAGGAUUCCUGUCCCUUCUGUUCUUGGAAGGGGAAAUGAAGAGUGAAGGUUCAUGCCACCCCCACAAUGCCAUCUGUACCCUGUCCUGUUUCAGCAUCACCCCAAUAGGCCAGUAACAUACAUACUACCAGAGACCCUCCUCUGCUGCAGAACACUUUGGGAACAGAGCACAGGAGCAGCAUCACACAAUGUCAAAUAUCUCCUCUUUACUCAAGUAAAACUGGGGUUAGGUCCAGCAUAAUGAACAGAAGCUUCCUACCCCCAGCCUUCUCUCAAACCCUGAGCCUUCUCUACCCAAACCAGAAUGUGCUUGGGGUGUAACAAGCAGGCGGCUGGAGUCAGAGCUGCCAGUCCAGGGUUACUUAUCAUACAGACACUCAGUGCGUCCUUGAACGCUGGCUGGGAGUAUCCAGACAGGGGAGCUCCAGCAGCAGAACACUGAAUCUCACCCAGGAUUACAGAUGACACAACUCCUCGCUGAUCUGGAUUGCACCCCAGCAUGUGAAAAUGGCCUAGGUUGGUAGUGACAUUUCUUGAGACAUGGAGAGUCUUGCUCCCAUAUCACCAGGUGUAAUAAAAAUAACAGGAAAGGCCAAAUAUGGAAAACUGAUUGUUCAGCUUGCUUUUGACCUGCAUCAUAUUUUGCAAUAUAUUCCAAAUAAGGAAAUUAACGUGCAACGUAUGUGUCAUUGUUUGUGGUUUUAAGCUGUAAAAGGCUUGUGUGAUUUUUAGCUCGGGAACAGUAUUCCAAUAGCUGUCGCCCCCUGCGUGCUUGUAACCAAGAAAAGAGCCUCAGGCUGAGCUGAUUCAAAUAUUAAUCCUGUGGUCGUUUUCCACAACAGCCUCAAUAGGUCCCUGUGAUGGAAUGUAAGGCUACAUCUAGACUACCCACCGUAUCGGCGGGUUAAAAUCGAUUGCUCGGGGAUCGAUAUAUGGCGUCUCAUCUAGACGCCAUAUAUCGAUCCCCGAGCGCGCUUAUAUCGAUUCCGGAACAACACCAACCCCAACGGAGUUGCUGAUUUGACAGGGGGAGCCGCGGACAUCGAUCCCGCGCGGUGAGGAUGGGUGAGUAAUCCGAUCUUAGAUAUUCGACUUCAGUUACGUUAUUCACGUAGCUGAAUUUGCGUAUCUAAGAUCGAUUUCCCCCCGUAGUGUAGACCAGCCCUUAAUGUCUUCACACCUUCCCCCUGCAGGAGAAUGGCUGUUUGACCAGCUGUUUGCCUUGCUGUCUCUGAGGAACUGGUCUGUGGGUGUUCCCCAGAACUGUAACUUUUUCAGUAAUAUCAUACUGUAAAAUCUCACAAUUUUACAUACAGUGUUACUACACAUUUUAACAGGAGGAUAAUAUUCAGUAGGUUAUGCGUUUUCUAAUGAUACCUCACAAGCCAUACUGGGUACAAAAUUGAUCAUAAUUUUCUAGAAGAGUGAACACAGGGGUACAGAUUGACACAGUGUCUGUGUGUGUGUUCCCAGCAGAUAUGUGGGUAUUUCAAUCCCUCAUAAGCACAAUGUUUGGCAUCUUCAAGGACCUGGGGAACUGGUCCUGGGA